UCACAAGAUGAUAAUGAUAAAGAUGAUAAUUUUCAAAGAACAUUAGCAAUAAGCUAAUGAAAAAUCAAAAUAUAAAAAAAAAAAACUUUUAAUUUGUAUAUAUAGUGUUAGAUUUUGUUGUAUUUGGCUGAGCAGUCAUUUGGGUGGCUCGUCAAUGGACUAGAUUUCUCUAAUACAUAAAAUAAGUGAGCUUGACCAAAGCUCUUGUGGAGAGAAGAAAUUUAUUGAAGUUUAUAUUAUAGGUUUAUAUAUGAAUUUAAAUUAUUCCAUUGGCCUGGACAGUCAAUGGAACCUCUAGGAACAGAAAUGAUGUCACAAGAAAAGGAAGGUGUGUUCCAGUGUUUGUGAAUGACACUUCAGGGGCAGGGAGCUUGGGGAGCCAUAGCAGGUCAGACACUUCAGGAUGCCAGGGCGGAUCAGGGAGCUCAGAAGGCCAUGGCAGAGCAGACAGUUUGGGGAGCCAUGGUGGGUCAGGGAGCUCGGGGGGCCAUGGCGGAGCAGACAGUUCGGGGAGCCAUGACGGGUCCGGGAGCUCAGGGGGCCAUGGCGGAGCAGACAGUUCGGGAGGCUCCCACCAUAUGCCUGUUGGACCAUUCAUGGUUAAACGUUGAAGCAUUGUCAAGAAAUAUGGUGUUACUUCUCUCGCUUAGCAAUUCAUUAAGUGUACAUCGAGGUAGCCUCUUCGCUGUGAUAUUUAAGAUCUAAGAUUAUAUUUAGUUUGAUUUAUCUCCGAGUCAAGAUUAAAGAAAAGGUUUUGGUCAGAAAACAGUAAAUAGACUGGUUUAUUGGACAUGGAGUGACUGAAACUGAAACUAAAAGCCACACUCACAUUUUAUUUUUCAUCAUAUUGUACAGACGCAGAGUGCUGUCUCUCUCUGAAGGGAUUGAGGAGAUCGGUAAGAUCAACUGGGAGAUUCUUCUGUGUCUUAUUGUGGAUCAUAUGUUAUUUCUGCAUCUGGAAAGGAGUCAAAUCUACAGGCAAGGUGGUGUAUUUCACAGCCACAUUUCCUUACGUGAUGCUGGUUGUGUUGCUGAUUCGUGGGUUGACCCUUCCUGGAGCUCUGCAGGGUGUUGUGUUUUACCUGUACCCUGAGCCAGCCCGUCUUUAUGACCCACAGGUUUGGAUGGAGGCAGGAACUCAGAUCUUUUUCUCCUUCAGUGUGUGUUUUGGUUCUCUCAUUGCACAAUGCAGUUAUAAUCAAUACAAAAACAACUGCUACAGGGACUGUUUGUGGCUUUGCCUUCUGAACAGUGCCACCAGUUUAGUAGCUGGCUUUGCUGUAUUCUCAGUCUUGGGCUUCAUGGCUAAUAGGCAGGGUGUCCCCAUUGAGGAGGUAGCAGAAUCAGGUCCAGGACUGGCGUUCAUAGCAUAUCCACAGGCAGUAGCUAUGAUGCCUCUCCCUCAGUUGUGGGCUGUUUGUUUCUUCAUCAUGAUAAUUUUGCUGGGGCUGGAUACACAGUUUGUUGGAAUAGAGUCGAUAAUUACAUCGGUGAUGGACAUGUUCCCCAUGGUGCUACGCAGAGCUGGUCGGCGAGAAAUGUUUCUCCUGCUCUUCUGUCUCACUUGCCUCUUUGGACAACUCAUCAUGAUUACAGAGGGGGGGAUGUAUGUAUUCCAGUUGUUUGACUACUAUGCCUGUAAUGGAGCCUGUAUUUUUUUCCUGUCUGUAUUUGAGUCUCUGGCCAUGGGUUGGAUUUUUGGGGCUGAGAGGAUGUUUGACGUCAUUGAAGACAUGACAAAGUCACGACCCAACUACAUGUUCAUGCUGUGCUGGAAAUACCUGACUCCUCUUGUGUCCCUUGUGUCUUUUGUUUAUUCUCUGGUGGAGUACAAGCCUCUCACUUUUAACCGCUGGUAUGUGUACCCAGACUGGGCGUAUGCACUAGGCUGGUUACUGGCCCUGUCUUCUAUUCUUCUGGUGCCUGGAUGGGCUCUAUGCCGAAUGUAUUUUGGGAAAGGAAACCUGAAACAGCGUUGGCACCAGUUGUGUAGUCCUGACAAAAACCUUCCUCUCACCUGUAAGCAACAAACUAAAAUCCAGGGAACAACUUUGACCACAGAGGUGGAAGACACAAACUGAACCACUACAUAUUAAAAUAAUAAUAAUAAUAAUUUAAAAAGUACAUUUAUACAUUAAUAAUACCCUUGUUGGGAACAAUAGUUCAGCCUUUUGGUUAAAAUCAGCAUUUUAGAUAGAUUUGUGUAUUAUUAAGGAUUCAUCUAAAAUUGUGGAUAAAAAUAAAAUAAUAGAUUACUUAACUUAAUUUUGUGGCCUCUGUUACAUUAGUCUAAUAAUUUGAUCUAUGAUAACCCAUUAAAUGCUCACGGUGAUUAAAAAAAAAAAAAAAUUCUAAGACCAAGUUUUUGAUUUUGGAACAUUUUCAGAGGUAAAUAAUCCACUUAAAUGUUUAGAUAGCAAGAAAUUGGCUGGCCUGGUUAUGUUGGAUUUAUAUAUCUUACAGUUGGUGGCGCAUUUUAUUGUAUUGCUCCACCAUCUUUCUUUAUCUUAAAUUAUAUAAAACUGUGUAUGUUCUGCUAUUAUUUAAAGGGGGUGAUCCAACUAUAUUAAUUACGGACCCAUUUUGAAACUGAGCUUUUAUCUCCUAAAAUUGUUUCAUCUGAUUUUUAGUCUGAUUUUAGGAAAAGAUAUUGCACAGCUAUUUUAAAGGUAUUAAAUGAUCCAGUGGUUUCAUUAGAUGAUAAUAAACCUUGUGACACUCUUUUUAAUAAUUUAUCUAAAGCUUUUGAUAGCAUAGAUCAUGAAGUACUGAAGCGGAGGCUUCUAGGUUCAUCAGCGAAUACAGUUGGAUGGUUUGUUAAUUACUUAUCGGGCAGAAGUCUAUGUAUACAUAAAGUGGGGAUUACUUCUAGUACUUUAAACAUGACCAAAGGUAUACCACAGGGAUCAGUCCUUGGGCCACUAUUAAUUAUUUUACAUAUUAAUAAUAUUGGGAUUGAUAUCACACAUUCAUAUUUAAUAUGCUAAUAUAGUUCAGCAUACGCUGAGAAAACGAAAACUUGUCUUGAAUGAGAAAUCUAAACUUCCAUUGUUUUCAAACAGAAAGUUUAUAUCCUCAAACAUACAUUCAAGUACGUUUUUAAACGGCUCAGUGAUUGAAACAUCUACUUAAACAUCUAUUUGAAGCACUACUUUCUUGUAUGUGGCAUUAAAUGUAUUUACAAACAAACCAAACGACUUUGAUUGAAGCUUUUUAUUUGCAUCUGCACGUAGUGUAUCUGUUGCGGUGAUUCUGACUUGAGCAAACAUACUGCAUUGAAACAUUAAAGGAAUCAUACGCUUACACAUGCACACUUUAAUCUUGUUUCACAUCACUUGUGUUAGAAUACACACUUAAACAUUCUUAAGAUGCAUUAGAAUUGCAUCACAUGCUAUACUCCUUGUGCUGCUACAUAGGGAAGUUCAAAUAUCAAUCAUGUCAUAGCAUGACAUUCAUUUCAAACACAAACUUAUCUGCUUCAGUUAAUCGAACACACACAGGGCUCAGAACAUCCCUCCUGUAAUGCCAUUUAUUUGGACUUAGUAUCAUUGCUGUGUACAAACACACCAUAAAUAUCUAUAAAAA